GUUCACAAUUUCUCCCAUCAACACAACAAUCACCUGAAAAACCAAAGCAACGAUAAAGAUCAAAGGGCUUACAGCUUCCAUCACAACAAAGAAGUCUUCAUGGGGGAAACAAAAAAGAAAAGCAGAUCAAUCACAACACAAAGAGCUUGGAGUCUUGUAAGAAUGGCUCUUCUAUGGGGAAGAAAAGGUGGCAUCUUCAAGAAGUGGCACAUGUUCGAGCUACGUAACUUGUUCUCCAAGCAUCUCAAAGCCCUAGCUCAUCAUUCUAACAGCUUUGAUAACGGCCGUUAUCUCGGUGAGAAACAGCUCUCUUUCGACGACACCCCGGUCUUUAACGUUAAGAUGCAUCGUCCUGCUUCCAUGAGGUUCCUCUUGCCUUGCAUUGCUCCUCCCGUUGACUUUGAUUAUGACUUUGAAUUGGACGGUCAAGAUGAUACCGAAUAUGUUAGAUCCUUCGGCUACGACAAUGGUUCGUGCAAUGAGAAAUGUGAUCGUGCGUCUCCUGAUGAUCAUCAGGAAGAAGAAGAAGAGUUAGGGGUAGAUGCAAGAGCAGAUGAGUUUAUUGCUAAUUUCUAUGAGCAGAUGAAGUUGCAGAGGCAAAUCUCUUGUUUGAAAUACAAAGAACACAAUGAAGUUGUAUGAUGAUGAUUAACAAAAGGGUUUUCACUUUAUUCACUAUAUAUAUAGAUGUUUCUUUUCUUAAUUCUCCUUUUUGUGUUUUCUUUUCAAUUUUUUUGUGAAAUACGUUACAUGCAAGAUAAAGAGAUACAAUUUCACA